ACAUUCAUGGAACCAGCCAGAUUUAUCAAUAAAGAAAAACAAAAGAAACUAGCUAGGAAGCUUCCCACAUAUUCUUAAUGGUAUUGCCAAAGAAUUAAAAUCAAAGUCUUCUUUCAUUGUUAUUUGCAACACAGAGAGGUUUUUCACUCGUUUCUUUCCAAAUUUCUCAAUUCCGUAUACACCAAGAAACACCAUGGCUGCAGAACUAGUAGGAGGAGCUUUUCUUUCUGCUUCACUUCAGGUUUUGUUUGAGAAGAUGGCUUCUGGGAAUGUCCAUGAAUUCAUCCGGAGAAAGAAGCUCGAUGAUGGUUUGCUCAAGAAGUUGAAGAUCAAGUUGCUGUCAGCUAAUUCAGUGCUGAAUGAUGCUGAGGAGAAGCAAAUAAAAAACCGAGCUGUGAGGGAGUGGCUUGCUGAGCUCAAGGAAGCAAUCAAUGAUGCGGAGGACUUGGUGGAUGAGAUCGAUAGUGAAGCUUUGCGAUGCAAGAUUGAUAGUGAGUCUGGAAGCAGCUCACAUCAGGUACUGAACUUCAUCUCAACUUCAUUUACUGCAUUUAACAAAAAUGCUGUAGAGUCGAAGAUUGAGGAAAUCCUUGAUAGAUUGGAAUUCAUUUUGCAACAAAAGGAUUUUCUUGGCCUCAAAGUAGGUGUUCAAAACACAACUUCAAGAAGAACACCAGCAACUUCUUUAGUAGAAGAAUCCGGUGUCUAUGGCAGGGAUGAUGACAAAGAGGUCAUCCUUUAUUUGUUGCUAUCAGAGGAAUUUGAUAGCAAUAAGAUUUCUGUGAUUCCCAUAGUGGGUAUGGGCGGAAUUGGCAAGAGCACACUUGCUCAGCUUAUUUACAAUGACGACGAGGUGCAGAAACAUUUUGAGAUCCAAGCAUGGGCUUCUGUCUCAGACGAUUUUGAUGUUUUCAGAAUCACAAAAGUAAUUUUCGAGUCGAUCACUUGUCAAACAUGUGAUAUUACAGACUUGAAUCGACUUCAAGAAAAAUUAAAGCAAGAGUUGAGGGGAAAGAAAUUUCUCUUUGUUUUAGAUGACAUUUGGAAUGAGAAUUAUAUCGAGUGGGAUGUGUUGAAAAGCCCUUUUGAAUUUGGAGAGCAUGGGAGCAAAAUUAUGGUGACAACACGCAGUGAAAAAAUCGCAAAUAUGAUGCAAACUGUUUUGAGUUAUAAGCUGCAAGUCAUGUCAGAAGAUGAUUGUUGGUUGUUAUUUGCAAAACAUGCCUUCGGUAAUGCAGAGCCAGGUGCACAUCCUGAAUUGGAAGAGAUUGGUAGGCGUAUCGUUAGAAAGUGUAAGGGUCUACCAUUAGCAGUGAAAGCGCUUGGUGGUCUGUUGCGCUCUGAACAAAACCCAAAAGAUUGGGAAAGAGUUUUAAAGAAUGAUAUAUGGGAGUCAACUGGGAAGGAACUUAACAUUCUUCCAGCUCUUUGGUUGAGCUAUUAUUAUCUACCUACACAUCUUAAAAGAUGUUUUGCCUACUGCUCUAUUUUUCCAAAGGGUUACAAUUUUCUGAAACAUAAUCUAAUUUUGUUAUGGAUGGGAGAAAAUCUUUUGGAGCACCAUAAAAGUAAGACUGCAGAAGAAGUUGGAGAGGAGUACUUCAAAGAUCUGCUAUCAAGGUCAUUGUUUCAUGGCACUCAGCGUUCCUUUUAUACAAUGCAUGACCUUGUAAAUGAUUUGGCGAAGUUUGUAUCUGGAGAAUCUUGUCUAAGGUUGAAUGACAGUUUCUCAGAUGUCCAAAACAAAAGCUCUCGCCAUUUGUCAUGUCUUAGAUAUAACCUCCAUGAUAUUGAGAAUUUAGAGGAUAUAUGCAACAUUAAGGUAUUGCGUACUUUGAUACUUGAUGAAUGGAAUGAAGAGAUCAAUGGAAAACACUUGAUACAUCCUGAUCAACUGCAAUCAAUGCAGCACUUAAGAGUUCUUUCUCCGCCUAAAGAACUUUUUCUGAAUGAAGGUCCUUUGGUGAUGAAGUUUCUUAAUUCAAUUGGCAGUUUGAAGCUUUUGAGGUAUUUGGAUUUCUCUUUCACUAAAAUUGAGGAAGUACCUGAUGCAAUUUGUACUCUGUACAACCUGCAGAUACUACUUUUGAGAUCAUGUGACGAGCUUACCAGGUUGCCAAAUUCAAUUGGUAAUUUGAAAAGUUUAAGGUACUUGGACUUGUCCUAUACCAAAGUUGAGGUGCUACCCGACACAAUAUGUAAUUUGCACAAUCUGCAUUCCUUGCUGUUACAAGGUUGCUGUGACCUCAUUUGUUUACCAACCAACAUGGCAAGACUAAGCAAUUUGCGCCGCCUCAACAUCGAACUUACAAAUUUAAGGGAGAUGCCACCGCAAAUGUCCAACUUGGAAUGUCUACAGACAUUAAGCGCUUUUGUGGUAGGCAAAAAUUGUGGAUCUAAUAUUAAAGAGUUAGGUAAGCUUAAAGAUCUACAAGGUUAUCUUGAUAUUAGAGGCCUUGAGAAUGUAACAAAUGUUGAUGAUGCUUUUGUGGCAAAUUUGAAGUCAAAAAAGGGUAUUACUCAAAUGCUUUUGGAGUGGACAGGGGAUGUUGAUGAUUCACAGAAAGCGAGAGAGGUACUUGGCAGACUUGAACCUCAGAAAAAUCUCAAGAAACUUUCAAUUGAAAGGUAUGGAGGUACAAGUUUCCCGGAUUGGGUAGGACAUCAUUCAUUUUCUCGGAUGAAAGUUGUGAAACUAUCUUAUUGUAACAAUUGCUAUCAGUUACCUCCGCUUGGACAGCUACCCUCUCUGAAGGAGCUUGAAAUUGCUGGAUUUUCUAUGGUUGAGAGAAUAGGCGAAGAAUUUUAUUUUAAUGGUUCAUCUUCUGUGAUUAAACCAUUCAAAUCUUUAGAAAUUUUGAAAUUUUCACGCAUGCCUCAGUGGAAGGAGUGGUUAUUGAUUGAAGGUAGUGAAGAAAAUGGGAUUUUCUCACACCUUAAAGAGCUUAAGUUUAGUAAUUGUUCCAAGCUAAAUGAAGCAUGCUUACCUCAUUAUCUUCCAUCAUUGACAAGUCUUGAGAUAUCGGCCAAUCACCAAUUGGUGGCUUCAAUCUCGAGUUGUCACUAUCCAUCACUUGGUAUCUUGAAAAUAGAAGACUGUCCAGAAAUAAAAUCAUUUCCAGGAGGUAGCUUGCCCCCAAGCAUACACACAAUGGCAAUCAAGAGCUUUAAAAACCUGUUCACACUUUUGGCAGAAGGAUGGCCUUCAAAUUUACAGUCACUUGAAAUUUCUAGCUGUCUAAAGUUGUUUGCAAAGCCCAUGCAAUGGAAUCUGCAAAUGCUCACUUCUCUUACAUCCUUGCUUAUCUGCGGCGUAGAUGAAAAGCUAGAUUCAUUUCCUGAGGAAGGACAGCUUCCUAGCACUCUGACUUCUCUUGAGCUAUUUGUUUUUACAAAACUGAACUCCUUGAAUGGCAAGGCUUUUCGUCACCUUUCCUGCCUUGAACAUUUGAAAAUUUCAUUUUGCCAAGAGCUCCAGUGCUUGCCAGAAGAAGGUCUGCCAGCUUCACUUUCACAUUUGGAAAUUUGUUGUUGUCCUUUGCUAAGUCGAAGCUGCCAAGGGAAAGAUUGGCACAAGAUUGCUCACAUCCCUCACGUAUGUACGGAUCAUCCAAAUUCAGAUCCAGGGAUAGACAUGUCCACCUUCUGUGAAAAUAUUCAGGUGGUUCAUUUUUCGUUGUAAAUGAAGAAAACUGAGUAAGAUUCUCUUCUCUUUCUGCUUUAUGAAAGUAGCUAUACUUGAUGUAAAAUAUUCAAUACCCAUAUAAAUGCAGAUUAUGUCCUCAUUUUGGCACAGCCCUGCAGUCCAGGAUAAAUCAGAACAAAUAUGACUGCGAUUUGUUAUUA